AGUUUUGAUUUUUUUCAUCUUUCCAUUGAUGUCUGAUAGCUGCAAUUCUCGUCAUUUUUCAUGGCUGAUGAAAUCUUGUUUCCCCAAUAACCAACACCCACCACCCCACCAUCCUACCCCUAUCGGAACCACCACCAUUUUACCCACCGGAACCACCAUUGCCGAACUCCCAGAUGACCUUCUUCUUGAAUGUCUAUCAAGGGUAACUCAUUCUUCACUUCCUUCUUUACCUUUAGUCUGUUGUCGUUGGUCUCUGCUUCUUGAUUCCCCCACUUUUCAUCUUCUCCGGCACCGGCAUAACCUUUUACGGCUUACCCUUUUCGCUGUUUCGGUUUCUGAUGGAGCCCUUUGCACAGCUAGUUACAGAUUGAACAAUGAUUGUUCAUGGAAGAUUUGUUCUUUUACACCGGCGAAUGACCCUGUUUUCGAACAUGGGUGUUUUUAUUCUUUGUUCUCGCAUUCUCGUUUAUCGGUUAUUGGACGGAAAAUCUACGUUAUUGGACGGACGGCGAUGCUCCGGUGUGAUACCUGGACUGGUUUAGUAGUUCCCAGACAAGGACCGGUUUUCCCGAGGAAGAAAUUUGCUGCGGCGGUUGUGGGUGGGAAAAUCUUCGUCGCCGGAGGUUGUGCGAGAGCUGCGGCGGUGGAGGAGUAUGACCCAACGAGGAAUACAUGGAGUGUGGUGGCGAAAGCUCCGAGGAAGAGGUAUGGGUGCGUUGGGGCUUCAGUCGACGGCGUAUUUUACGUCAUCGGAGGACUGAAGCUCGGAGGCGCGUCGGGGAAUGAAAUGCUGGUGGCGCGUGGAAGCCGUGCAUCUGAUGCAGCUCAUGUUUAUGCUAGCUCAAUGGAUUUAUACGAUACUGUUAAUGGGGUUUGGUUAAAAACCCGAUCUGUUCCCGGCGGCGGCUGUGUUGUGGCAGCAUGUGCGACCGCCGGAGAAAUCUAUGUACUUUCCAGUCACGCAGUGGAGCUAUCGUUCUGGAAGUUUAAUGGGUCACGAAAAAGUACCGGAUUCGGCGAUUGGUGCAGGAUAAAAUCGCCGCCGUUGCCGGCGCAAGUCAGAUUAGACAGUACGGUGAGAUUCAGCUGCGUGGGGAUCGGAGAGAAGGUGGUUUUAGUACAAGUAAAUGGUUGUAUAGAUGAUUUGUUACGGCGGAGUGGGAGGAUUGAGAGAGGGAUGAAAGAGGGGUUGGUGUUGGUCUACGACUGUGUCGCCGGAGAAUGGAGCCGUGCCGCCGAUUUGCCGGAGGUCAUUCGCCGAUCAGCCUGCGUCUGUGUUGAGUGCUAAAUUCGUCUCCUACUAUUUGACUAAU